GAGAGGGAGGGCGGCCAGCUCCCGCUCCGAAGCUCCGGGCUUCUGCCGCGACGCUCCCUGCCCAUCUUUCGGCACCCCCGCCCCCCGCGCCGGCACCAGCAGCCCCGCUCAGCCUGGGAUUUCAUUUGGACGCAUUGAUUUGCUGGGCUGAAGUGCGACGCAGAGCCGGGAAGGAGGAGGAGGGAGACAAGCGGCGAAAGCGCGCGCGCUUGGGGGGGCAGAGACACCCCCAGAGCCAAAUCCAACCCCCCCUGCCGGCGGCUUCGGCUUGGUUUUUCACCUAGGCGAGGAUCCGCAUCCGCCCCCCCGCCUCGCUUGCUCGCCUUUCCUCUUGGCGGCUCUGUGCAUCCCCCCUCCCGUUACCCCCCUUGGAGCGCCUGAGCAAGGGUGGGGGGACCCCAAGCAGCGUCCACCAGCCCAGGACAACACAUUUCGGGGGGCCACCAUGGGAUGUACCCUGAGCGCGGAGGAGCGGGCCGCCUUGGAGAGGAGCAAAGCGAUCGAGAAGAACCUUAAAGAAGACGGCAUCAGCGCGGCCAAAGAUGUGAAAUUACUCCUGCUAGGGGCCGGGGAAUCCGGGAAAAGCACCAUUGUGAAGCAAAUGAAGAUCAUCCACGAAGAUGGCUUCUCCGGAGAAGAUGUGAAACAGUACAAGCCUGUGGUCUAUAGCAACACCAUCCAGUCGCUGGCCGCCAUUGUCCGUGCGAUGGACACCCUGGGCAUAGAGUACGGUGACAAGGAGAGAAGGGCUGAUGCGAAGAUGGUCUGUGAUGUUGUCAGUCGGAUGGAAGAUACGGAGCCCUUCUCUGCAGAGCUGCUUUCGGCCAUGAUGAGGCUUUGGGCAGAUUCUGGUCUCCAAGAAUGUUUCAACCGGUCCCGGGAAUAUCAGCUCAAUGACUCCGCUCAGUACUACCUCGACAGCUUAGAUCGAAUUGGAGCUGCUGACUACCAGCCAACAGAGCAAGAUAUCCUUCGGACCAGGGUCAAAACCACUGGCAUUGUGGAAACCCAUUUCACAUUCAAGAACCUCCAUUUCAGGCUCUUUGAUGUUGGAGGCCAGCGGUCAGAACGUAAGAAGUGGAUCCACUGCUUCGAGGAUGUCACAGCCAUCAUUUUCUGCGUCGCGCUGAGUGGAUACGACCAGGUGCUCCAUGAAGACGAAACUACGAACCGAAUGCACGAGUCACUGAAGCUCUUUGAUAGCAUCUGUAACAACAAGUGGUUCACAGACACGUCCAUUAUCCUGUUCUUGAACAAGAAGGACAUCUUCGAGGAGAAGAUCAAGAAGUCCCCAUUAAUUAUCUGCUUUCCGGAGUAUACAGGACCGAACUUAUUCACCGAAGCCGUGACUUACAUCCAGUCCCAAUAUGAGAGCAAGAAUAAGUCAUCAAACAAAGAGAUCUAUACACACAUCACCUGUGCCACCGACACCAACAAUAUCCAGUUUGUCUUUGAUGCUGUAACUGAUGUCAUAAUUGCCAACAAUUUGCGCGGAUGUGGACUGUAUUAAAGCUGCCUGCCUUUCCUUCCUCCCCCCCCUUCCUCCCUCCCUUCCUUCCAUCUGUCCGUCCGUCUCCUCCGCACCUUCUUGUCUCUCUCCCCUCUCAUCUCUCUAGAAAGCAAUCUCAUGGUCAAGUUCAUAGAUGACUUUUCUUUCACUGCCCCAUGUCAAAUGUGGGUCUAUUCCAGCAGCUCUUUUUGAGACUGAAAGGCUGCAACAAGCCUUAUUUCCUGGUUCCACAUUUUCCAGUUCAGUGGUUAAAAUGGUCUUGCGAAAGUAACAUUUAUACUUCUUAGGUGUGAAUCCACAGGGAUUUCUUAACAUCCCGUAUGUUGCGGGAGAAAUAGCCUCUCACAGGUCCUGUUAAAAUGGGGAGGAAGAAAUUGCCAAAUGACUGCCUCUCUGGAAAAUCCCGAUCCCUUUUCCCUUUGACAACGUCCCCUGUGGUUUUGUUUUUAGAGUGACCGCCAGUAUUCCAACUAACACAGUCGAGGCUGAACAGAGCCCCUAAGUGUUUGUAUUCAUAGAGCCAGAAUGCAUUUUUAAAGUAACGAGAGCAAGCUGGUGCUCAAGUAUUUGGCACUUAAGGGCCAGCCCUUGGACAGGACAGAAGGAACAGGUUGAGGCUCCGGCCUGCGAACGGGAGCUGCUGGCAGGAUGCAUGACGUCACAGGGGCAGGCACCCGUCUUUCCCCUUCUCCGUUUGGAGAGAGACCUGGAGAGCUUCUCUCAGCUCCUUCCCAAACCCUGGCAGCCCCCCAGGUCGGGCCUGUGAGACUCUGCAGUGGACCCCAAAUUGCUGAUCCGCUCCCCUCUGAUGUUUCCCACUUAAAAUCCUGCCUCCCCCAAAGCUGUGCUUUGCACUACAAGCCAAAAUGUGCAGUACUAGGCAGCCAGGUAUUUUGCCCUGCAGGGCAAAUGGCAUCUCGGGGAAGGUAGUUUUCAGUCCGGGGGAAGUGGCUCAGCGGGGAAAGGUGUGCCGUUCCCUCUGCAAGGGCAGCAGUCCACCUCCAAAUUGGCUGACUAAAAAAACUGAAAAUGGCAGAAACUCCUUCUCCUGGAUCUCCUCUUGCCUUGCACCCAUCUUAGCCAAAAAGUCAAAUUUUGAACCCCAGGAUGAAUAAAUGGGAAGCUUUACCAUUGCC